GGAGGAGGCGGCGAGGAGGAGCGGCUCCCUCCCGCCCGGGCCCUGGCAGCCCCUGCCGCCUCCUCCGCCGGGUUUCGGGGCCCCGGAGGCUGAGGCCAGCGCUGGGCGCCCGGGACAUGCGGCCUCGCCCAAGAGGAAGAGGAGGAGGAGGAGGAGGAGAGGGGGGACAUGAGGCUCCGCAAUGGCACCUUCCUCACGCUGCUGCUGGGCUGCCUCUGCGCCCUCUUCUCGCUCUCCUGGUACGGGGCCUUCGGGGGCCACAAAGGUGAUGUUGUGGAUAUCUACCAGCGAGAGUUCCUUGCACUGAGAGACCGCUUGCAUGCAGCAGAGCAGGAGAGCCUCAAGCGGUCCAAGGAGCUGAACCUCGUCCUAGAUGAAAUAAAGCGAGCUAUCUCUGAGAAACAAGCCCUGCGGGAUAUAAACCGGACAUGGAGCAGCUUAUCUGAUGAAACAAAAUUAAAAUUGUGGAAUAUCACUAACAAGAAUGUGCUGCACCUCCCCACCAUUUUUCAUCAUUUGCCACAUUUGCUGUCAAAGGAGAACAGCCUGCAGCCGGCUGUGCACGUUGGACAAGGGCGCACAGGAGUAUCUGUGGUCAUGGGGAUCCCCAGCGUCAAGCGGGAAGUGCAUUCCUACCUGACAGAUACUCUCAACUCUUUGAUCUCGGAGCUCAACCAGCAGGAGAAGGAAGACUGUGUCAUAGUUGUCCUGAUUGCUGAGACAGACCCUCAGUAUACAACAGUAGUAUCGGAAAAUAUCAAAAGCCUGUUCCCCAAUGAAAUUCAUUCUGGUCUUCUAGAAGUUAUUUCCCCUUCCCCACAUUUCUACCCAGACUUCUCCCGCCUCCGAGAAUCAUUUGGUGACCCCAAGGAACGAGUCAGGUGGAGGACGAAACAGAACCUAGAUUACUGCUUUUUAAUGAUGUAUGCACAGUCCAAAGGCAUUUAUUAUGUUCAGCUGGAAGAUGACAUUGUAGCAAAACCAAACUAUCUCAGCACAAUGAAGAACUUUGCUCUUCAGCAGCCAUCUGAAGAGUGGAUGAUCUUGGAGUUCUCCCAGCUUGGGUUCAUUGGGAAAAUGUUCAAAUCACUGGACCUGAGUUUGAUUGUGGAAUUCAUUCUCAUGUUCUAUAAGGACAAACCCAUUGACUGGCUCCUUGACCAUAUCCUCUGGGUAAAAGUCUGCAACCCAGAGAAAGAUGCAAAACAUUGUGACAGACAGAAGGCAAACCUGAGGAUCCGCUUCAAGCCCUCACUCUUUCAGCAUGUAGGAACGCACUCCUCCCUCGCUGGCAAAAUCCAGAAGCUAAAAGACAAAGAUUUUGGGAAACAAGCUCUUCGGAAAGAACAUGUCAAUCCUCCUGCUGAAGUGAGCACCAGUCUGAAAACCUACCAGCACUUCUCCUUGGAGAAAGCCUAUUUAAGAGAAGAUUUCUUCUGGGCAUUUACCCCCACAGCGGGUGACUUCAUACGCUUUCGUUUCUUUAAGCCACUCCGCAUUGAACGGUUUUUCUUCCGCAGUGGAAACAUUGAGCACCCUGAAGAUAAACUCUUCAACACUACAGUGGAAGUCUUACCCUUUGAUAGUCUCCAGUCAGAUAAGGAAGCCCUGCAGGAGGGGAGAGCAACGGCCUUCAAGUACCACAGGACAUCUGACGGCUACAUACAGAUAGGCUCCUUUUCCAAAGGCAUUGCUGAAGGAGAAGUAGACCCUUCCUUUGGUCCUUUGGAAGCAAUACGACUGACCAUCCAAACUGACUCGCCUGUAUGGAUCAUCUUGAGUGAGAUAUUCCUGAAGAAAGCCGAUUGAGCUUGAAGAUACAAGAAACGAUGCACACACAGUGUCGCUAUCGGCUCUUCUCCUUUUCUUCCUCUCUUCUGUGAAACUGCAGAUGUGGCAGAAUACAGGGAGCUGACUCCUAGGCAAAGGUGCUUUCAAAGGGUACCUGGCUGCUCUACGCAGAAGAAGCAGCAGCAGGCAGUGAAACUUGGCAGGGUCUUGGAGUUUCCUGACCACAUUUCCUAGGAGAAGAGAAGGAUUUCUCUUUCCACAUGCGGGUGCUGGACUGAACUACAAAACAGCAGCACCAGGGCUGGCCUGCUGUGCGCCUGGCUGCCUUUGCAGCUGUAAGAAGAGAAGCAUGGAGAUGAAUGUUCUGUGUAAAAGAUUUGUUUCUUUAGUCCCUUGAGCAAGGACCACAGGACUCACAGGCCUCUCCCCUUGCCCCUCCUCGGUGUUGAUGCCUGAAUGUAUCAUCCAAGGGUGCAUUUAGAUAUAUGGGUUUAAGGAAGGUGAAGGCCAACGUGACUAUCAAGCUCUCACAAGCCGCAGUGAAGCUUUGAGGUGUGUGGUGGGAAGCGGCUGUUCCACCAGCCAGCCCCUUCUGUAAGUAAAAGCAGUUGCUCCAGGCUGGGUGACUGGUCAGAGAUGGGGUGUAGGGAGGAAAGGGGUGAGAGGUGGAGGCGACAGAAUGGCAGGGAAACAAUAAUAAUGCCACCACUGUGCCUGCCAGGGUGGUACAUGCCCCCAUCACACAAUACAGCUCAUGUCGAAGUCACCAGUGUCUUCAUGCCUUGAGGAGGAGUGCAGAGUCCAUCCUUUUAAAUCCAUAUCUCUGUUAUUUACUGGUUGGUGUGAAUUUUGAAGAAAAAACAAACAUGUAGGCCAGUUCUCAAAUGGUAGGGAUUAGAGUGUAAUUUUUAAAAAAGCAAAACAAAAACCCAUGUCUCUAGCGAUACACUGGAAUGCAUUAUACUACUUUAAUGUGAUGUAUUUUUUAUUAUUGGAUACAUUUGAUUUUUUUCCAAGUAUAUCUAUAUAAAAUAUAUAUUAAAAUGUGCACUGUAAAAUUUUAAUUCCA